UUUUUCUUCCUUCCUACUGGAGCUAUGGAGUCUGUGACAAAUCCUUUGCUGCCAGAGCCCUGGUACCCGCGAAGACUAGCGGCAAAAUUCCAGGCUAGAGCAGCGAAGCCUAGAUUUGUAACUAGGGCAACGAUGAGCAAAGAUUUGCUCGUGGUCGGGCCCGGGCGGCUGGGGCGAUUGAUUGCCAAGCAUUGGGGCGAGGAAAACCGGGGUAGCGCUAGAAUCGUGGGGCAGACGAGAUCCAGCAAAGAACACGACGCAUUGCGCGCGCUCGGGAUCGAGCCGGUUGUGAGGGACGCCGCCACGGCCGAGCGCUUCCCUUUCGUGGUGUUUUGCGCUCCUCCCGACACAGAUUACGCGCUGGAAGUGAGGAGAGCUGCGGAGAGAUGGAAUGGCGAGGGAUCGUUGCUCUUCACUUCUAGCAGCGCGGUCUACGAUUGCUUCGACAAUGGUUUGUGCGUGGAGUCCACUCCCACAGUUGCCAAAGGAAGAAGUCCCAGGACUGAUACGAUUCUAGCUGCUGAGGAGGAGAUUCUCAAAGUCGGAGGGAACGUUGUGAGAUUGGCAGGACUUUACAGUGCUGAUCGAGGCGCUCAUGCUUACUGGCGAACUUUCCCGGUUAUAAAAGAGCGACCGGAUUGUUACAUCAAUCUCAUUCACUAUGAGGACGCUGCUACUCUGUGCGUGGCCAUACUUCGAAGAACGGACUUCCGUGGUCGCGUUUUCAUGGGCUGCGACGGCACUCCAAUGUCAAGGCAAGAGAUCAUGGACGUGGUGUCUAAGAACCAAGAGUGCAAGACCACUUUCACUGGAUCUGAUGGACCUCUGGGCAAGAAGAUGGAUGGAUCCAAAACUCGCGAAGAACUCCACUGGCAGCCCAGAUACAAAAGCUUCGAGGAAUUCAUGAAGCUUCACUCCGCUGUGACUGUGUAAACAUCUGCUUGCUCCGGCCGUAGAUUGUUGAAAUCCAACGGUCUGCGCUUGGACACGUUGACUUUUUGUUGGCGCGAGAUGGUUACAAACA